AUGCAGAACGAGAUAUCUGCAAGUUGCGAUAUUGGAAAAGAAAAUGACAAGUUCUUUAUUAACCUCAAGCAACGUAUAGAAAGAUUUGGGAUUGAAAUACCAAGUGUGGAACUCAGAUUUGAGCAUUUAAGUGUUGAUGGGGAGGCUUAUGUUGGGAGUAGUGGCCUGCCCACUCUACCUAAUUUUACUAUCAAUUUAUUGCUGGGGUUCUUGAAUUAUCUCCGAAUUACUCCGAGUAGAAAGAAAAAAUUUACCAUACUUCAUGAUGUCAGUGGAAUCAUCAAGCCAGGAAGAUUGACAUUAUUGUUGGGUCCCCCUAGCUCAGGGAAGACCAUAUUACUUCAAGCUUUGGCUGGAUUGUUCUGUUGGAUUUGUAGUAUAAGAAAUCAGUACUGGAUAUAUAUGUGA